AUGGCGGCCGUAUGGGCGGCGGGCCCGGAGCCGAUGACUGUCGAUGGUACAAGAAUGCGUCACGCGCCCGCUUGGAUAGCCAAGGGCGCCCCUGCGUGGCAGAGCGAGUUAUUUGACAAUGGACAUACUAACUACCUUGCUGUGCAUCCUUUUGGCCUGCGAAAACUUCUUGAUUUCGCUGGCACGUGGCGGGUGUUCCCUAACACCGGCGGCAACAACAAGGGCUGCUGGUAA